AAACAAUACAUGCAGUGUUAUCUUCAUUUUAGAUGCCAAAGGGGGUUUGUGGCUCCGGGUGGCUCUUUGAAUGUUUAAGGUUGCUGAUCCCUGGUCUAAAUGAAUCUUUGGAUUAAACAUGCCCUCCCCCCGCCCACCUAUGGGCGGCAGUUGAGGUCUCCCAUUUCACUUGUGAACAAUUGAGUUCAUUCUGCACAAGGCUACCGAUUUGCCAUAUUGUGAAGCUCCACUUAAAAAGUCAACACGUCGCUGAACUGUGGAGUCCUCGCUGCUCUCCGAGCUUGGUUGUUUGCUUGCAGACCUUUCACUAGCCGACUAGGUAACAUCAUCUGGACGAGGGAGUGGGGCGGGGGUUGCUUCCUGACAUUCGGACGCCCUGGCAAAGCCAUCUAGUAAUGAACUGUCUGCAAGCAAUCCAGCUCAGAGAGCACCAAGCUUAACUCUGAGCUACAGAUGUUCUUUUGUAUUGAAAGUUCAUCGAAACUUAUCUCCAGCAAUAUGCAGCCUCCGCAAAUAUGUACUUAGGGACACAUCCAACGUUAACAUCGUCACCAAGCAGCAUUAUGCAGCCUUCGUUUCUGAACGGUGUGUUUGCACAUUAUGACGCGAUGAAUGGUUAAGCCCACAACAACCAGGGCCUUCGGCGAGGUUAUAAUUAACAAGGAAACGAGCUGCUUACGCGUUGCAAAUUCCUAAUCGUUGUGACGGAAUAGCUCGUCCGGUUAGUUGGCAACCGCAGCUCCAGAGUUCUCAUUCCUGCUUGUCAACCCAGCCUUCAGCACACGCCCAGAAGCUUUUUUUCCUUUCGCAAUAUUUCACACGCGGCAAAGAAGGCGAACUUCGGCACGGGCUCCACCCCCACCUCCAGUUCACAAAAAUUACAGGACCUUCUCCUCGAGCUCAGCCGGGGUUCCCGGUCCUCCAGCGCUAGAGGGCGGCGCACUUUCCCCGCCUGGACUUGGGGAGCAGCGGCAGCGGCAGCAGAGGGAGCUGCCCGGAGCACGCGGGAUCCCGUUGGCUUUUUUUCUGACGCUUCCUACUCGGCCGCCGCGUGGGUUCGCCCGGGGAGUCUCCAAAGCGCAGGCGCCGACGGGGCGGGGAAAAGGGGAAGAAGGCUGACGACGAACACUCGCUGCGGUGGGCUGCCCGAGAUCGCAGGUAGCUGGUUAAAUGCAAUUGUGCCAGUAAUAGAGGGAAGAUAAACAUGAGAAUAGCAGGAGCAGCAAAGUUGGUAAUAGCAGUGGCUGUGUUCUUGCUGAUGUUUUAUGUCAUAUCUCAAGUAUUUGAAAUAAAAAUGGAUGCCAGUUUAGGAAAUCUUUUUGCAAGAUCAGCACUGGACCUACCAUUGCGAACUACAAAGCCUCCAAGGUAUAAAUGUGGAACGACAAAAUCAUGUCCAGCAAAUCAUUUUGCUUUCAAAAUGGCAAGUGGAGCAGCCAACGUUGUUGGACCUAAAAUAUGUGUAGAAGACAAUGUCUUGAUGAGUGGUGUUAAAAACAACGUGGGGAGGGGCAUUAAUAUAGCCCUAGUAAAUGGCAAAACAGGUGAAGUAGUGGACACAAAAUUCUUUGAUAUGUGGGGUGGAGAUGUAGCCCCAUUCAUUGAAUUUCUGAAGACUUUUGCAGAUGGAACUAUUGUAUUAAUGGCAACAUAUGACGAUGGUGCCACUAAGCUUACUGAAGAGGCACGGAAACUAAUAUCAGAUUUGGGGAGUACGUCCAUCAUGACACUUGGCUUCAGAGACAAUUGGGUCUUCUGUGGUGGGAAAGGAAUCAAAACUAAAAGCCCUUUUGAACAGCAUAUUAAAAACAACAAGGACACCAACAAGUACGAAGGAUGGCCAGAAGUUGUGGAGAUGGAAGGGUGUAUUCCACAGAAGCUAGAUUGAACAAUCUGCAAUUUGGAAACAGACAAUGCAAAAGAACAGUGGAGGGGAAAAUGCACUUUUCUGCUGAUGUGAAAUUGUAGGAUUUGGGAAGAUAGAGGCCAAGUGUGAACUCCAUCACACUAGGAUGGCUUGAUGCACAAGGCCCAUAAAAAGCUGUGCAAAGUGAUUGUAAAUUGGAACAAUUCAUUUGACUGGGCAUGUGAAAUACUUAUCCUGCUGGAUUGUGCCCUAUGUAAAUAAUUUCCAGGCAUGUUUUCACUUUAAAAUGUGCAUGAUUUUUUUUAAAAAACAAACGUCAGGCUUAUUUAUUGUUAAAUUGAAGAGAUUCUUUUUUCUCUCUUUUUGUUUUUUGUAAAUAAGCCCUAAACAAACAGAACAAUUAUUUCUGAGCAUUCUUAUUCUCCCUUUCUUCCUUGUUUCUAAAGCCACUUAUUCUAUGUAAAUGUCUUUUAGAACCACCCUCAGAAGUAAUUAAGAGAUGUACAAUGAAUAGUUGAGCUAAUCCUGAGCUUUGUUGUAUCCUGUUCAAUUACAACAUUGCUGUGACUGCAUAUAUUUAGAUGGAUAUGUAAAUUUUAGAGGAAAAAAUAGUUAACUAUUUUUAUGCUAUGUCUGUUGGAAAACCACAUUCUUCAGUGACUCCUUUCGGAUAGAAGGGAUGGAUGUUUGAUACAAAAAUGUAGGACUGCUCUACAAAGCACAAUUAAAUGCUUUUCAUUAAAAUCAAAUGUAUAUCACUGUGUCUGUUGCAAUUGUUAACUCAUCUGUACCCCAUAUUUCUUGUUAGCAAUGCAAGCUGCUAAUACGGCAGAAUAAUGUGUAUGUUGAACUAGAGUUUUUUAAAGACCUGAGAUCCAGAAGACAUGUGAACUGGUUGAGGUCUUGCUAAAUCAUAAAAAGAACCAAUGUUGGCAGUUACUCUGUUUUUCCUGAAGUAUAAAAUUACAAUUUUUUUAAUCAAAAAAUCUUAAUUCUUCCUGGAGGUGACCUGGUAUUGUGGCACUCCUCAAUUGAAUAUCUUUCACAGAUAGUCCCAGUUGCAUGAUAGACUUGACUGUAGGGGAAAGAAAAUCCACUGGGAACAUGUUUUACUAGAAUAAAAAUGUUACUGUUUAGAUUGGCUGAUUUGACUAGACCAGGCAUGUCAAACUCACAAUAUCACGUGACGUCGCGUGACAUAUCGCGACUUUUCCCCCAUUGCCAGCAAUGGUGUGGGUGUGGUUUUGGCAUGAUGCAGCUGGCUCGCAGGCCGGCAGUUUGACAUGUCUGGACUAGACAGACCACACUAAAUCAUAUUUUUGCAGGUGCUUAUACAGAAUGCAUUUGCGGUCUCUAGACCUUUCACUCCUAAAAAUGUCAUCUUUCCAUUUUCUUGUCGUAUGUACAGCAGCAGGGAAGGGCACAAUGGUCCUCCUUUUUAAUAAUUCACAUUGCUUCAUAGUGACAUUGUGUUAAUUGAAUUAUAGCAGUUGGCUUACCGUUCUAGGUGCCUCUAAUGGCAUUAGGGAGUUAAAUCCAGAGGGGUUCACAGGGAGUUUUCGGAUGCCCAGGAAGCCUUCCACUCUUUCGGUAUCGUUGAACUACAUUAGACCACAUUCCUUGCAAAAAUUAUUUCCACUCUCUUCAUUUUCAGAAAGUAUCUGGAGAAGUGAAACUGUAAAAUGCCUCUUGUGGGAAUAUUCUUGUAGAAAAAUUUAAGCAUGACUCUUGGGAUUGUCACUUUUUUCCUUUUUGUAAAGGUGACGGUGGCAUUUUGGAGUUCUGUUUUCCAACUCAAACAAUGAACAAGCAUUUUGGACAUCUCUGCUUUACAGAGAGACUUUAGCUAGAAGUAAAGUAUGAAUAGAUGUUUGCUGGGAUGUCAGGAUAGAUCCUGUCAAUAUGUAUAUUGUCAGUCUGAAAUGAGGUGAUUAAAAUAUCUAUUUAAAAAAAUAUUGGUGGAAAAGUUAGGCGUAGAAGCUAAUAUUGUUGGAGUAAUUAAAUAUUUGCACUGAAAAUAUUAAAGCAAUACUGGAGAUUAAUUAUCUUAUGUAGUUUAAGAGAAACAUCUAGCUUUUCAAUGCUAAGAUUUCACGACUGGAAUAUGAGCUACUUUACUGUUUUAACCUGUUCAUGUUAAUCUUUUUCUUUAAUUUGCUGUAGCUUAGCAAUAAGUACAUUAGAAACAGACCAAUUAUUUGCGAAGUCCUUUGCAGAUUCUCCAACUAUGUUCAUUGAAAUAAAAUCACUUGUCCAUGUAUUAUAUUUUUUCAUUAAAUAAAGUUUUAAAAAACAAAA